UUCUUCAUCCUCAUUUCACUUCAUCGUAUCUCAGUUUCCUCUUCUCUAAGAGGAGCUUUGAUUUCUGUGUGUCAGGGCAAGAUGAAGCAGAGCAUUCUUUCUUCAGUUUUUCUUGGAAUUUUGGCUUGCUGGGGUGCUCUCUCAGUUGUUGCAGAAGACAGAUAUUUGUAUUUCACAUGGGAAAUCACCAAUGGAACAAUUUAUCCUCUAGGUGUUCCUCAACCGGGCAUUCUCAUCAAUGGUCAAUUUCCUGGCCCUACAAUUGAAGCCAUCACUAAUGACAAUAUCCUUAUUAAUGUCAUUAACAAACUGGACGAGAAAUUCCUCAUUACAUGGAGUGGUAUAAAGCAAAGAAGGACAUCAUGGCAAGAUGGAGUUUUAGGAACUAACUGUCCAAUCCCUCCUAACACAAACUGGACAUACAAGUUUCAAGUAAAAGAUCAAAUUGGUACCUACACAUAUUUCCCAUCAACCAAAAUCCAUAAAGCUGCAGGUGGUUUUGGAGGAUUGAAUGUUGCACAAAGAUCUGUGAUAUCUAUCCCAUAUCCGGCCCCUGAUGGAGAAUUCACCCUGCUUAUAGGAGAUUGGUACAAGCCCAACCACAAAGUUAGUAAAGAAAUCACUCCCCUCAAUUUGCCUAAUCCCGACGCUCUUCUCAUAAAUGGCCAAAAGGAUACUUUUGUAUUUACCGGGGAAGCAGGGAAGACAUACAAGUUCAGGGUGUCCAAUGUUGGGUUAGCAACCUCAUUUAACUUCAGGAUUCAGGGCCAUGAGUUGAAGCUGAUUGAAGUUGAAGGUGCUCACACUAUGCAGGACUCGUACAAGUCCCUUGAUGUUCAUGUGGGCCAAUCAGUGACUGUUUUGGUGACACUUAAUGGGUCAAUCAGUGACUAUACCAUUGUUGCAUCAAGCCGUUUUACCGAUCCAAUUGUGCUCACUGCUACAGCAACUCUUCGCUAUGCUGGCUCCAACAGUAAGGCCCCAAUUCCAUUACCCCAAGGCCCAGCAACUAACGAUGUACAAUGGUCCCUACAGCAAGCCAGAAGCAUCAGACUGAAUUUGACAGCAAAUGCAGCUCGGCCAAAUCCACAGGGAUCAUUCCACUAUGGAACCAUCCCUAUUCAAAGGACCAUUGUAUUGAGAAAUUCUGAAGCCACUAUAAAUGGAAAGCUACGAUAUGAAGUGAACGGAAUUUCCUACAUCAACCCAAACACUCCUUUGAAGCUUGCUGAUUGGUAUAACAUUCCCGGUGUCUUCGAUCUCAACACAAUCAAAGAUGUUCCUCCUCCUCCAGGCACCCGUGCCAAACUAGGCACAUCAGUCAUAGGAUUGACCCUCCAUGACUUUGCAGAAAUUAUCUUCCAAAAUGGAGAAAACUACGUUCAAUCUUGGCACAUGGAUGGAUCUAGCUUCUAUGUUGUUGGAUAUGGCGAUGGCAUGUGGAGCCCUGGUGCGAGGAACACUUACAACUUGGCUGAUGGUAUUACUAGAUACACUGUUCAGGUGUAUCCAAAGUCUUGGACUGCCAUAUUAGUGUCUUUGGACAAUAAGGGUAUGUGGAACUUGAGGUCUGCGAUCUGGCAUAGACGGUAUUUAGGACAAGAAUUGUAUCUAAGGGUGUGGAACAAUGAGAAAAGCGUAUACACUGAAACAGUUGUCCCUCCCAAUGCACUCUAUUGUGGCAAGGCUAAACAUCUCCCCAAGUCAUAGAGUACUUGAUGAUGUGAUUAUUUUCAUAAGUUGUAAUUGUAACUUUGGACUUUCUAUUUUCUUCAUUCUUAUCAUUAUUUGGUUUAGAUGAAUCAGUUACGAGGGUGUGACUGUCAAGUGUCAAGUAAAAAAAAAAAAAAAAAAAAAAAA